AUGACGGUCGAAGAAAAGAAAUUUUUUAUCGGUGGCCAGAUAUCCAUGAUCAACCAGCUGAUUCAUUUACGGCAUUACAAAUCGAAGAAUUGGAAUGAUGUUGUUCGCGGUGCGGAAUUCCAGCAAUUCGCUUAUCAUCGUAUCCUAAUAAUGUUGUUUCUUGAGUUAAAUGCGCCCGAACAAGUACUUGAUUCCAUCAAUUUCCAAGUUUUGACGGCUUUCUGUCAUACACUGCACAUUCUGAGACCAGCGAAGGCCCCAGGCUUUGCGUAUGCCUGGCUAGAAAUAUUUUCGCAUACGGUUUUCAUCGGGCGAUUGCUGUUGAUUACUCCCCAACAGAAAGGAUGGGGGAUGUAUGCUCAACUGUUGAUCGACUUAUUCAAGUUUUUGGCCCCAUUUCUACGGAAUGUUGAACUGAGCAAGCCUGCAAUGUUGUACAAAGGAACACUGCGCGUUCUGCUGGUUUUGUUGCAUGACUUUCCCGAAUUCCUUUGCGACUAUCAUUAUGGAUUCUGUGAUGUGAUUCCUCCCAAUUGCAUUCAAAUGAGAAAUUUGAUUUUGUCGGCGUUCCCACGCAACAUGCGUCUGCCUGAUCCAUUCACGCCCAAUCUCAAAGUGGACAUGUUACCGGAAAUCAGUCACGCUCCACGUGUACUGACUCAUUUCAGUUCAAUGAUCCAACCGCCUACGCUCAAAAAGGAUUUGGACUCGUACCUGAAAACGCGCGGACCAGUUACGUUUCUUUCGGAGUUACGAAGUGUAGUUCAGGUUCACGUUUCUUCGAUUAAUCUUCACGUUUCACCUGAACCUGGAAUGCACUAUAAUUUGCCCUUGCUGAACGCAUUGGUCUUGUACGUUGGCACCCAGGCCAUACAAUCGAUACAGACCAAAGGAUUAUCUCCGUCAAUGGCGACUAAUGGCCACUCUUCUUACAUGGAUAUCUUCCAGAGUUUAGCCGUCAACCUUUACACGGAAGGGCGUUACUUGCUCAUCAACGCCAUUGCUAAUCAAUUGCGCUAUCCUAAUAGCCACACGCACUACUUCAGCUGCGUUCUGCUUUGCCUUUUCGCAGAAGCAAAUUCUGAGGCGAUUCAAGAACAAAUUACUAGGGUCCUGCUGGAGAGGCUCAUUGUCAAUCGACCCAUGACAUGACGAUGGGACGACAUGACGAUGGGUGCCAUGGGGAUUACUCAUUACAUUCAUUGAAUUGAUAAAGAACCCUGUUUUCAAAUUUUGGAAUCACGAAUUCGUCCACUGCGCCCCGGAAAUCGAAAAACUAUUUGAAUCGGUGGCUCUAUCAUGCA